UAAUAAAAGCAUGCCGUGAAAUUGUCGGUUCUAAACAUUUUGACUUUUCGAUAUUAUGAGUUGCGCGUCUCUAUAUUUGCUUCUAAACCUAUUACUUAUUUGGAAAAAUUCAAAGAAUUUUGUAACGGCAAUGCAUUCAUCGUCACCGUAUGGGGAAGCUCCAUCAAAUAGUGACGAUUCGGCUGAAACUCGCGCACGUCGAGCGAUGCGAUUCAGACGGCAAAAUGCAUUCGACAGUGGAAGCGUUGAAAUUGAAGACGAAUCUGAUUUUGAUCCUGGGACCCCUAUGGCAAUGGAGUAUGAAUCGGAUAGCCACAGUGAAGAAGACACAUCGGUGGCCUACAGUCGACAAAGAAACCGUCGAACAAUAGGUUCACCUACUGGAAGAAUACACCGCGCUAGAAUGCGUCGUUCGGGAGCUGUAGUGCUACGAGGAACACGAGGUUACCAACAAGCAAUCCCCAAAGAGACCUUCCGACGGUUGAUGCGGGAAACAACGCAGGCCGUUGUUCCAGAAUUUCGAUUCCGGCGCGAAGCCACCGAGCUCGUCCAUAACGCUGCGGAGUCCUUCCUCGUUGAUUUGUUCGAAGACGCAAAUCAAUGUACAUUACAUGCCAGUCGGUCCACCUUGAAGCCCAAUGAUUUAAUCUUAGUAUUACGUGUCCGGAAAAAUCCAAAUGAAGGAGAACCAGGGUGUGGCGACAUCGAAAACUAAACAUUUUUGGUUUUUUAAGGAUCAUUUGCUAAUAUAAACAAUUUGGAUACAAAAUUUUAGACAAAUAUUUCUUACGGGUAAUUAAAAGAAGAAGACCAGAGAUG